UUAUCAAAUACGUCAAAUAUCUUGUACAAAUUGUGAAAGCUGUAUUGUGCAGGAUAGGAUGACAGGAUAAGAUAAUUUAAAUUGUGAAAUAAAAGAAAAUGGGAAACUAUCAGUAUUAUUAUUUAUUUUUAAAACUAUAUUGAAUGUGUACGAUUUAUAAGAAAAGGCGUUUAUAUGUAUACAUAUCAGCAUGAGUUACUCUCAAGAAGAAAUAGAGAAGAAGCGUUUAUUAGCUUUACAACGUAGAAAGGAAUCUCAAUUGAAAAACAAUUCAUUUAUCCCUAAUACAAAUACAAGAAAUAGUAUUACUUCUGCUAAUAGUAGUAUCAUAACUAAUGAAAAUAAACUAAACAAUAGCCCAAAAGUUUUUGGACAUGGUUCAUCGAAAUAUGUUGACUAUAAAGCAAAAUCUGAGAACAAUUGCUUGAAGCAUAAUGGAAAACUUAAUAAACAAAAUGAACGAUUUAAUCCUAUGUCAACAAAGAAUUUUUUUAGUCAGAAAUCUUGCAUUACAGCAAAAUGUUACAUGUUAACUGAUGAAAGAUUUGUAUUAGAAACUUCAUCAUAUUUUCCUCCACUUGUUGAGACAAUAAAGAAGGUUUCAAGCAGAUCAUAUGAUAUGAAAACUAAACAAUGGAAUUUUCUCUUAAAAGACUAUGAAACAGUAAUGGAAAAAGUUAUUAAUUUCAAAUCUGAUAUACAAAUUACAGGAUUACCAAAGCCAGUCCUUCAGAUUUUCAGGAAAAAUGACACCACAAUGAAUACUGAAAAUAUUGGUCUCUUAGACAUUGAUCCUCAGUUAGUAGAGAAUUUAAUGCCCUUUCAACGAGAAGGAGUUUGCUAUGGAAUAUCUAAAGGUGGUCGUUGUAUGAUCGCUGAUGAUAUGGGUUUAGGAAAGACCAUUCAAGCACUAGGCAUUGCGCAUUAUUUUAGAAAGAAUUGGCCCCUCCUUAUUGUUACACCCGCUUCAGUCAGAUAUCAAUGGGCAGAAGCAAUAUAUACAUUUUUGCCAUCUGUACCAGCUCACUACAUUCACCAAUUUGCGAAUACCAAAGACUUUAUUGAUAGUAGUAAAAUCGUUAUUAUAACAUAUGAUCUUCUAGUCCGAGCGAUGGACAAGUUUGAACGCAAAAUUUUUGGUUUUGUUAUUUUGGAUGAGUCUCAUGCAUUGAAAAGUGUUAAAACUGCGAGAUUUAAGGCUGCACAAUGUGUAGUCUUGCAAGCGUGUCAUGUUGUUUUGCUGUCUGGGACACCUGCUUUAUCAAGACCCAUAGAAUUAUAUUCUCAAAUAAACCUUAUAAUGCCAAAUUUUAUGGGAUAUCAAGAAUAUGGAAUUCGGUAUUGUGCAGGAGAAAAAACUUCAUACGGAUGGGAUUUUAAUGGAUCGUCAAACAUGCAAGAAUUGCAGUUAUUAUUAAAACGCACUUGCGUAAUUCGAAGAUUAAAAAAUGAUGUUUUAAAUCAAUUACCGGCGAAAAAAAGAGAAGUUAUUAUACUAGAUCCAGGCUUAAUAAAAGUUGGUACUAAAGAAAUGGUAGAAAUAUCUAAGAAACUAGAGCGAGAGGUUCUGAAUGGUAUACAAAAACAUCAUACUCUUUUGCAGUACUAUAAUGAAUCUGGUGUUGCUAAGCAAAAGGCUAUAUGUGAUUAUAUUUCCAAGCUGUUCAUGAAUAAACAAAAGUUCAUUAUAUUUGCCCAUCAUCAAAAUGUUAUGGAUGCUAUUUGUGAUGUUGCAGAAUUUAUGGAUAUAAAAUAUAUUAGAAUUGAUGGAAAAACAAAUCCAGAACGCAGAAAAUAUCAAAUCGAUCAAUUUCAAAACUGUGACGAUUGCAUGGUAGCAGUAUUAUCAAUCACAGCAGCGAACGCCGGAAUUACAUUAACAGCUGCAAAACUUGUAGUGUUUGCAGAACUAUUUUGGAAUCCUGGAAUAUUGUGCCAAGCGGAAGAUAGGGUACACAGAAUUGGUCAAGAUAAUAGUGUUAUCAUUCAAUAUUUGGUUGCAAAACAAACAGCAGAUGAUUAUUUAUGGCCGUUAAUUCAAAAGAAGAUGAAUGUAUUGAACGAGGUUGGACUUGAUCAAAAUUUUUCUCUAAAAGAUAUUGAUGUUACUAUACAAGCAUUGAGUUCAGAACAAAAAACCUUAGAUAGUUUUACGGAUAACUCACAAAAAAUCGUACACAGUAACGAGAAUGCAACAAAAAAUACAUCACAAAGUCAAUUUUCCACAACUGAAGAGUUUAAAGAAUUAUUUGAUUUAAAUGAAGAAGACUUCGAAUUUUGUGAUUGGGAUGAUAUGAAAUAAAAAACUUAUUUUUAUACAGUACAUUGUUUACAUUGUGAAAAGUGGAUAAAUGCAUUCAAAUAAUAAAAACAUGAACUAUUUUCUACAUAUUGUAUAUAAACAUAGCUACUAAUAGUAAUAAAGUUUUUCAUAUUAAAGAA